AUGGCGCCCUCCCUAGAGGAGCCUGAAGACGUCCAAGAAGUCCUUAAGAACCAUGCAAAGACGAAACCCUCAUUAGUGGCCCCCGAGCCAGAACACUGUCCCGGCCCCGAGUCCGAAAGAGCAGGCACCGCCGACUCAUGCGCCGGCUGCCCCAACCAGAAGAUAUGCGCCUCGGCGCCCAAGGGGCCCGACCCAGACAUACCUCUCAUAUCACAACGACUAGCUGGGGUGAAGCAUCGGGUCUUGGUCCUGAGCGGCAAAGGAGGGGUUGGCAAAUCGACCUUUACAAGCCUGCUCGCGCACGCAUUUGCCCUGAACCCCGACAGCACGAUCGGAAUCAUGGACACGGACAUCUGCGGGCCAUCCAUCCCCAAGAUGAUGGGUGCCGAGAACGAGACAAUACACAUCAGCAAUUCGGGCUGGUCGCCGGUGUGGGUCAUGGAUAACCUCGGAGUCAUGAGCAUACAGUUCAUGUUGCCAAACAAGGACGACGCAAUCAUCUGGCGUGGCCCCAAGAAGAACGGCCUGAUCAAGCAGUUCCUGAAGGAUGUCGACUGGGGCGAGCUGGACCUUCUGCUGGUCGACACGCCCCCGGGCACGAGCGACGAGCACCUCAGCGUCAACUCGUACCUCAAGGAGAGCGGCAUCGACGGCGCCAUCAUCGUGACGACCCCGAACGAGGUGUCACUGCUGGACGUGCGCAAGGAGAUCGACUUUUGCCAGAAGGCCGGCAUCAAGAUACUGGGCCUGGUCGAUAACAUGGCAGGCUUCGUCUGCCCCAAGUGCACAAAGGAGAGUCAGGUGUUCGAGGCGACGUCCGGGGGCGGCAAGGCACUUUCAGAAGAGAUCGGCAUUACGUAUCUCGGCGCCGUGCCCCUUGACCCUCGCAUUGGUAUGGCUGGCGAUUACGGAGAGAGCUACUUCGACUCGUUUCCCGACAGCCCGGCCUGCAAGGCCAUCAAGAAAGUGGUGAAAGGGGUGGCCUCUCAGAUAGCACUAGACUCCGAGGACCUCUUCCCUGAGGACUAG